AGAAGCUCGAGAGCUCAAGAACAGCACUCCAAACACUUGCCUUCUCUCACCCACCAAACAACUCUGACCUCAAACAUGGCUGAUUCGGGCUGCAUGGCUUCCCUUAAAGACGACGAGGUGUUAUGCGAAGACACACUCAUGCUUGAAACGGAUGAUGAAUACAUAGAGUUGCUGCUUAGCAAAGAGAACCGCUGCUGCACCAGAGCUCGUGCUGCAUCGUCCGAUGACUCGCUUAAAUCUGCUCGUUCUGAUGCUGUUCGAUGGAUUCUGAAGAUGAAGGUCCUCUUUGGCCUCGGCAUGAGAACGGCGUACGUGGCUGCCAGCUACCUCGACCACUUCUGUGUUCAUCGAUCAAUUGACUCGAUGAGAGAUAAGAGCUGGGCAAUUCGAUUGCUGUCACUGUCUUGCUUAUCUUUGGCCGUGAAGAUGGAAGAACUCAAAGUCCCAGCUUUAUCGGAGUUCCGAACAGAGGACUACCGAUUCCAAACUGAAGCCAUACAGAGGAUGGAGCUUCUCAUUUUGAGUACGUUGGAGUGGAAGAUGAGCAUGAUCACUCCUUUCUCUUAUCUGAGCUAUUUCGCUUCCAGAUUCCAAGAACAUGGAUCAGAAGACUUGGCGUGGGAGGCCAUUACGCUCAUCCUUGCAAGUAUUGAAGCAAUCAAUCUAGUGGAAUAUCGACCUUCAGUCGUAGCUGCUGCUGCAAUUCUUGCUGCAUCGCAUGAAAGACUCACUCAAAAGUCAGUGGAGCUCAAGCUGAGUGCAAUCUCAUCAUUCAGACCAUUGGACACUUCUGAUGAUCCAAGAGACAGAUAGAGAAGCUUCACACAUCAAAACAUUUAGCUUUAAGUCAAUCGGCAGCAAAUCGUUAGACUGUCAACAACUCUGUUGAUGCC